AGGAUGAUCUUGACAUGGACAACAAAGAGAAUCAGUUUCCUGGCUCAGACUUUAAUCAAAAUGAUGGCUUCACAUCCAACCUGACAGCUGCCAACACCAGCUUGCUGUACCCAUAUCUUCUGUCACCAGUGAUGGACAAAACCAUCAAUAUACUAAUGAUCAUCGUGCUGUUCAUCACCAUGGUUUCACUGGGAUGCACCAUGGAGGUGACCAAGAUCAAGGACCACAUACUGAAACCUAAAGGUGUGGCCAUUGCAGUUCUUUCCCAGUACGGCAUCAUGCCUCUCACAGCUUUUUGCUUGGCCAAGGGUUUCCAGCUGCCUGAAACCACAGCUGUGGUGAUUCUGAUCUGUGGCUGCUGUCCUGGAGGAGCCCUCUCCAACAUCUUGGCACUCGCUCUCAGGGGAGACAUGAACCUCAGCAUUGUGAUGACCUCCUUCUCCACGCUGAUGGCUCUGGGAAUGAUGCCUCUGAUGCUUUACCUGUACUGCCAGGGCUUCUCCAACCUCCAGAAAGCAGUGCCCUAUGUGGACAUCAUUAUAUCCUUGGUCCUGAUUCUGGUGCCAUGCGGCUUCGGCAUCCUAAUCAACUACUUCCGGCCAAAGUAUUCAAGGAUAAUCACAAAGGUGGGCCUGGGCGUUUUAAUGAUUUCCAUUGUUGUGAUUGGCAUCAUCUCCAGCGUUGAAAUCGGAGGCUCCCUCCUUAAUGUCCUCUCGCCUCCUCUCAUGUCCAUCGGUGCCCUCAUGCCUCUUAUUGGCUACUCUUUUGGUUACAUCAUCUCCUCUAUCUUCAGACUCAACCAGCGAGAGCGAAGGACGGUUGCUAUGGAAACUGGCUGUCAGAACAUCCAACUGUGUGCCACCAUACUGAAGGUAGCCUUUCCCCCAGCUGUGAUUGGCCCCAUGUACCUGUUCCCCCUGGUCUACGCAACCUUCCAGCUGACUGAGGCAGCAGUGCUGAUCCUUGUGUUCAGGUGUUACCAACGGUUUGCAAGAAAUAAAAAAGACAAUUACCAGCAGACAUUGACAGGAAAGCUAAAGGAUUUAUCAGAAGAGACGGCCUGAUCGAGGCACUGAUGCCAUUACACAUUCUAAACUGUAAAACAAGUGGAGUAAGGUUUUGUAAAUGUCAUAGUACACUAAUAAAGAUGAUUCAGGGUUUAAUAAAAUUGUUUUAUUCA